AUGGCUGUCCCCAACCCCACUUCAAAUCAGCCCCAGCACGACGAGGAGGAUAUCGACGUACAUGGUGUGGACAAUACGAUAGACGCCGAUGAGGCAGAAGAGAUUCUGGAAGAUGAUGGCGAUGUACCCAUGGACUCGGACGACGAUGACGAGGGAGGACGCCAGGAGGCCGAGAUGGAAAUCAAUCUACAGAACGACUCGAUUGCGCAUUUUGAUCAGCACAAGGACAGCAUCUUCUGCAUAGCGCAGCACCCCGUAAACCGCGAUAUCAUCGCCACAGGAGGCGGCGACGAUGUAGGCUACAUCAUUGAUGUGUCGGCAGCAGCGGCAGCGCAACCGAGCAGCGACGGCCAACCCACCGAGCGCGAAGGACUAAAGAGCAUAUUCACACUAGACGGACACACGGACUCAGUCAAUGCUAUCGCCUUUACUGCGCCCAAAGGCCAGUUUGUGGCUACUGCAGGUCUAGAUGGCAAGCUGCGCGCGUGGCAGGGAGUGCCUGACGGCAAGAAAUGGAAGUUCCUGGCCGAAGCACAAGAGGUGGAGGAAAUCAACUGGCUCGUCUCAAACCCUUCGCCCGACCACCCCAACGUGGUCGCGCUCGGAGCCAACGAUGGUUCAGUGUGGGUGUACCAGAUCAGCACAGACAAGGGCAACGAGCUACAGGUCCUGCAAGCGUAUUACCUUCACACCGAGUCGUGCACAGCCGGUGCAUGGUCGCCUGAUGGCUCAUUUCUUGCGACCAUCUCUGAAGACUCGAGUCUAUAUGUGUGGGACGUGUUUGGCGAUGCAGCGUCACAAGGUCUGACUGCGACAACCGACUCGCAAGCCGUUGUCGGUCUCACAGGCAACGACGAGCGCUUCCGCGUCGAGGGCGGUCUCUACUCUGUUGGCAUCGCGCCCUCAGGUGCAUUCGUAGCUGUUGGUGGUCCUGAAGGUCAGAUUCGCAUCGUUGGUCUGCCCCGUCUUUCUCUCGCUGGAGCGGCACAAGCAUCAACAUCAUCUGGUGGAGGAGGCGCAAAGAACAAAGCUGGAGGUGGCAAGCAAGCCGGGGCCAAAGGAGGCGCAUCAUCAGCAGGUCAGGCUGGACAAAUCCUGGCUAGUUUGCAGGCAGGAAGUGACAACGUUGAAUGUCUGAGCUUCUCUACGGCACCACUUACGCUCAUGGCUGCCGGUAACGUGGACGGCUCCAUUACUCUCUUUGAUACCGCACAUCGCUUUGCGGUUCGAAGGCGGAUAGAAGAUGCGCAUGCAGACGAAGAGUCGCCGCAAGCCGUUGUCAAGCUGGAGUUUGUUGCAAAGGAAGGACCGGGAGGAUGGUUGUUGACGAGCGCGGGAUACGAUGGUGUUUUGAGGCGCUGGGAUACACGGGGUGGAACUGCCGCGGCUGGCAAGGGUCUGGUGGGCGAAUGGAGGGGACACAGGGGUGGAGGUGAGGGGGGUGGUAUAAUGGCUUUUGUUCAAGGAGACGGCGAGGCGGUUGUCACAGCUGGUGAUGACCAUGUCGCACUCGUCUUCAAGACGCCUCUCUCUGGAUGA